CUCAGUGUGGAGGCUGCUGGUCCUGCCAUCUGUAAGAAGAUGUCAUACGGAUCCAUCGCCCGUGGAGGUGGCCUGGGGAGCCGUGGUCCUUUCGGGGGACCUUCGAGACAAGGCUGUCAGCCCCUAGAGUGCGCUAGAUGUUGGACCGAGUAUGGAAUCCGCCAUUUCCCCUGCCCGUCGCCAGAGAGCAAGCUGCAGAACCCCUGUGUGGGGAAGGACGGGGAAGGUGAUCUGGGGCCGGCGGGCAUGCCUAUUGUCCCAAGGGCCAGGAAACGAGGACCUGGGGUUGCCCCUGAAGGCAGCCGGAUGCCGGAGCCCACCUCAUCACCCACCAUUGGCCCGAGGAAGGACUCGGCUGCUGGGCCUCAUGGCCGGAUGGCAGGGCCCAGCGCUACCCGGGCCAAGAAGAGGAAGCCCAACUUCUGCCCGCAGGAGACUGAGGUGCUGGUGUCCAAGGUGAGCAAGCACCACCAGCUGCUGUUCGGCACAGGGCUGCUGAAGGCCGAGCCCACGCGCAGGUACCGCGUGUGGAGCCGCAUCCUGCAGGCCGUGAAUGCGCUGGGCUACUGUCGCCGCGACGUCGUGGACCUGAAACACAAGUGGCGGGACCUGCGAGCCGUCGUGCGGCGCAAGCUGGGCGACCUCCGGAAGGCGGCCCAUGGCCCCAGCCCUGGUUCCGGCAAGCCCCAGGCCCUGGCCCUCACGCCCGUGGAGCAGGUGGUGGCCAAGACCUUCUCCUGCCAGGCCCUGCCCUCUGAGGACUUUGGUCUGGAGCCUCCCAGAGCCACCCAGGUCAAUCCGCGCGACCUCCAGGAGCUGUUCCAGGAGACGUCGGCCAACGUCUUCCGAAUCAACUCCAGUGUGACCUCCUUGGAGCGGAGCCUUCAGUCCUUAGGGACACCGAGUGACACGCAGGAGCUUCGGGACAGCCUGCACACGGCGCAGCAGGAGACCAACAAGACUAUCGCAGCCAGCGCCAGCUCCGUGAAGCAGAUGGCCGAGCUGCUGCGCAGCUCCUGCCCGCAGGAGCGUCCUCAGCUGGACCGGCUGAAAACCCAGCUCUCAGAUGCCAUUCAGUGCUAUGGAGUGGUGCAGAAGAAAAUUGCAGAAAAGUCCAGAGCGCUGCUUCCCAUGGCGCAGAGGGGCAGUAAACAGCAGAGUCCCCGGGCCCCGUCUGCCGAGCUGGCUGAUGAUGAGAGGGUCUUUAAUGGGAGUGACAACACGUGGCAGGACCAGGAGCAGGCGCUGCUCCCGGACAUCACUGAGGAGGACCUGGAGGCCAUCCGGCUGAGGGAGGAGGCCAUCCUGCAGAUGGAGAGCAACUUGCUGGAUGUGAAUCACAUCAUCAAGGACUUGGCCUCCAUGGUGUCAGAGCAAGGAGAAGCUGUCGGGUCCAGCAGCAGCAAAGCUAUGUGCCAGCAGAGCUGCAGCCCGGAGCCAGCCGUGGCAGCCCUGCUGCCGGGUUUCGGGCCAGGAUCCACACCCCUGCGGCCGGGUCCCCACUCCCGCACCAAGACACGCAAGCCCAACUUUAGCCCCCAGGAGACGGAGGUGCUGGUGCAGAGGGUGAGGCGCCACUACCCGCUGCUGUUCGGGGCGCUGCGGGGCACACCUGCCCGAAAGCACCGCGUGUGGAACCGCAUCCUGCAGGCAGUGAACGCACUGGGCUACUGCCGCCGCGACCUCGGUGACCUCAAGCACAAGUGGCGGGACCUGCGAGGCGCUGUGCGCAAGAAGCUGGCGGAGGGUGGCCCCACCCCCGGCCUCCUCCUCACGCCUGUGGAACGCAUGGUGGCAGAGACCUUUUCCGCCCACGGUCCCCAAGGCGAGGGCCAGGCCACGGAGCCCCUGCCAAAUGGGGAAACCAAGGAUCAGGGCCAGGGAGGGUUCUGCCUGUCUCGGGAGUGGAAGGGCUGUGGCUCACGCCUGGAGUCCCAGCUCAGGGUCCUCCCGGCAUUGCCAAGCAUUGUGCCGCCAAGGGGCUCGACCAUAGACGCCACCUCAAGCCAUGCCCACCGGGUGUCCAGAUGGGACGCUGGGGCCUAGUUCCACGUCACUGUAGAGAGUGGCCUCCCCCUCCUUCUGCAGGCCCUUCCCUCUGGGCCCACUUGGAAGCCCCACGCACGGUGCUAUCCGGUGACUCUCAGCCUGUCAGGCACGCUGUGCCCCUUUCCGAGCCCAUGGGCCUACUCCAGGGACCACCGGAAGCCAGGCGUUUCUGUCCGGCUGGGCCUCAUCUGCAGCCCGCAGCUGCCCCUGGCUCCAAGGGUGACGCUGGCUCUGAGGGUGACGCUGGCUCCGUGCCGCCUCCUGCCGCCUCCGUGCCUCCUCCUACGGCACCUCCUCUCCUCCUCAAGACACCGCGCCAGGAGCUCCUUCGCCGUCCUCCACGUCUGGUGGCCCACCUUUCGAAACAGAGCCCCGCUGGACCCUCCCCUUCCUGGGAGCUGCUGGAAGGACUUUGGGGCGAAGCCCCGGAAGCAGGACCAGCUCCUUCUUGAGGCCACAGAGUGGACAGAGGGACUCAGCCUCACAGGACAGGCAGGGGCUGGCCUCAAACGCCCCCAGUGGCGGCCAUGGCAGAACUUGGAGUGCUGGGGCAUCCUCAGCUGCUCCUGCUCACGGCGGUGCAUGAGGCUGGGACCCAUGGGCAGAGUGGGCCGGGCUGUUUGGGAGACGCCCGUAGACCCAGCCAACCCUGUGGCUGGGCUUGGGCAAGGGGCCUGGGCUGUGGGCCUUGGGCGAUGGGCCCGGGCACUAGGCCUUGUGAUGGGGCUUGGGGGAUGGGCCUGGUCAGUGGGCCUUGUGAUGGGGUGGGGCCGGAGGAGGACCUGGGUCCUCUCAGGCGUGUGCAGGCCAGGGGUGGCUGGAUCCACCCCCAGGGAGGCCACAUUGUCUCCUGCAGGGCAGGUUUUUGCAGCCCAGGGUUCUAUGGGCAGAGGCAGACCUGGUUUGGGGGUGCUUCAUGGCAAGGGUGGACAUGUGGUGUGGGGCUGAGAAGGAAGGGGCUGGCAGGGGUGGCACUGGUGUGGCCCAGGUGCUUAGUCCUUUUCUGCAAGUCCCCAGCCCUGGAGGCUGCAGGAACUCAGGUUUGCUCACCCUGUGGUUCCCUGUCCUAGACUGAGACCCAGCCUCGACUUCUGUGACCCCUGGUGGAUCAGCCACUCCAGGUCCACAGGCCGCUGGGCUCACCUGCAUCACGGGAGUCUUUGGUGCCUGUGAGCUGCUCCGAGUGGCCUGCCCUGCUGCUGACGGCAACUGACAUGUUGAAUUCCCGAGCGAGAGUGCUUGGGACAGGGCCGGACUUCCCCUCGUGGGCUCUGAGGCAGGGAGUAGGGAAGUGGCUGCGAAGCCUGAGGACAGGGUGGGGGCAUCCCAGCUGCAGGCCCAGGUGCCCUGAGCCGGCCAUGCUUUCCGCUCUGCAGCAGCACUGCCUGGGGUUUGGGCAGGGCCAGGCCUGCAGGGCUGAUCACGGCUAUGGGGCUGGGGGCAGCAAUUUGACCCAGUGCAUGGGGGUCUCACAGGGGUCCCUGUGCCCUGAGGCCACUGGGCAGGCAGUUUCCUUUGAGGUGUGUGUGCUGCUCUGCGAGUGUCUGGGGAGGGCAGUCCCAAAGGCUGCUCUCCUUGGCCCCUGGAGGCCUCUGGCCUAGUGCUUGGGUAUCCCUUGGACUCCUGGAGUCAGGGGAUCUGCAAGGGGCCCCCAUGGAGCACUCUUUGUGUUGGGAGGGGCAGGUGCCCAGGGCCUGUGGCUCUGCAGGGCUCACCUCACAGACCAGGGGUCUCCAAGACCUGGCAAAGCCACUGGGCCCAGGGCUGAUGGCUGUUGAGGUAUUGGAGUGUCGCUCAGUACCACAGGACCCACGCACCGAACCUGUCCUCACCCCACAAGCAACACGGGGCCGCACAGCACCAGGAGCAGCCCCCCUUCCCCUUGUGCAUCUCUGUGCACCGCCCCGGGGCAGGACAUGGCAUGCCCACCUGGCAGCCUGGGCGCUGAGGGAGAUGUUGCUGGCUGCGAAGCUGGGCAGUGGUUGUGUGAUGUGUCUUGAAUGUGGGCAGUGCCAUGCUGGCUAAGAAUGCCCGUGGGACCGCCCUGCGUCUGUGGCCCGUGCAUGCAGCCCUGGAGCAGCAGGACAUCAGUCCCCAUUCUGAGGGUGGGCCACCAGGUCACACGCUACGAUCAGAGUCCCCAGGGCCAGGGCUCGGCGUAGAGCAGGAUUGGGCACCGGCUGAGUCCAAGGGUGGGGUCCAGGGCUUGGCUGAGGCUGGGUGUGGUCACGGGGCAGAGAAAGUGUCCAGCCAGGGCACAUGGCCUGUCCAGCACCACCUGUGUUAGCCCAGACCACCGUGGCCUUCCUGUCUCUGCUGGCAAAUUCUCUCCACUGUCCACAUUCACCUCUCAGCAACAGAAGCGAGGCUAGGCUGUUACCACUGCAGGUGUAAGGUGGCUCCUUUGCACGUGAGCGGGGCAUUGCCGGGGGCCAGGCUAGCGCCUCCUCCCUGGCAGGCUGGUCCCUCCUGGGUGGCAGUUGUUGGGGGAUCCGUCACAUUUCUGGCCCCAUCUUCCUUCCCUCUCCUCCUUCAUUGGCUGAGAGGGUCAUGACCCUAAUGUGGCAGGACAUAGAGAGCCAAGUUCAUUUGGGGGUGUCUGCAAGUGAGCAAAGGGGUGCUGUGCUCCAGGAGCAGCCCAGGCCGUCACCCAUACCCGCUGUCUCUGGGCUUUGGCUCCUUGUGCAGGAGCCUGGCUCUCCCCUCCCUGGCUGGGGCAGGAGCCCCCAUAUGCGGCGAUCAGGGUGUGUCUGCGAGUGCCUGCGGCCCUGGGCUGGGGGCGAGGGUGGGGUGGAGCCAGUGACCAAGGGUCCAAGGAUCCCUGUGAGGCCUGGGUGGGGGCUUCUGAAGGCAGGGCUCAUGGGUUCCACCUCCUGCCCAGGGGGCUUGCAGAGAUGGGGCCACAGUUCCCUGAUGAGAGUAGGGAGUCCCUGCUGGGACGGCGGGGAGUGGCCUUGUCUUUCUGAGGACCCUCCUCCCUCAGAGCCAGUCCUGCCAGGCCGGAGGUGAUGCUGUACCUGGCAGCAGUCCCUGUGGUUGUAAUGGCCUCUCUAUCCCAGGCCUUAAGACCCCUGAGGCUCAAGUCAGCUCAGGCCUGUGCCUGGGUAGGCACUGCAGGUGCACAGUUUGUUUAGAUGUUCCUGGCUCCCAAGCUCUUAUCCAGUUGCCUAAUUGGAGGCAGGCCUUGCAAGGAACCUCACUCCGGGAAGAAGGCUUGCCCGUGCUCGUGUUUGCAUCUGGCUCGGUUGCGGACCCAGGCUGUGCCUGCGCUCCUGGUGCCCAGGUGGCAUGUGUCCUUCCCUUGGGUGGAAGAGAAUGCUGAGCACCAGGGACCGCCCAGGUUGAGCACCUGCGUUCAGGCUCUGCUCCUGCUGGGGGUGACACCUUCACCGCUCACUGCCGCGAGCCCACAGCCAGUCCCGCAUUCCUUGUGGGGCGAGGACAGCUUAGGUGUGUGUAGCACCUGGUACUGCCAUUUUGCUGCUGGUGGGGCGGUGUGGAAUCUUCCGGAUCGCUGGGGCUGCCCCGGGCCUGGUCUGGGCCUCCCGUGGGCCCUGCUGAUGUGGCUGCCCCGGGCGGCACUGCUGCAGCCACCGAGCCCGGCUUUGCCCAGGUACCGUCUCCCGUGAUCCCCACACGGUGGCACAACUUUCUGAUCAGCCCCCUGUGCUGAGUCGAGGGCCAGCGCGUGUGGCAAACCAGAGCCCUGUGCUUGCAGACCCGGUCUCCAUCAGCCGCGUCACAACUCCACAGACGUUAAGGCAGAGGCUCUGCCCCUUCAGAGGGGGCCGUGGCCACAGAGUGGAGGGGCUGGCCCAGACAAGGUCAUGACAGAGCAGGACUUGACCCCAGCCCUGACCUCCGCCUGCCACUCCCAGCCUUUCCUGAGUGGACUCUUCCUGCCCCACCCGGUGUGGGCACUGAGGAGUCCCCUUCCCUGGGCCACCUCCAGGCCUCCGUUCUAAUGUCAUUGCUGCCCACUGCCAACACCACGCGGAGCCCUCGGCACGUCUGGCAGCCCAGCGCCCAUCCCUGCAGCCUGUGCUCCUCUGGAGGCCCUGGGCUCAGGCUCCCCUGGGCUCGCCUUUGGGGGGUGUCCUCAGGGCAGGGGCGGCCGGGCCUCCAUCUGUAAUUGCCU